GCUCAGCCCAUGGUGGACUACAAGUCCCAGCGGCCCCCACGCGUACCCAGGAAGCGGGUGCGACAGGUGCGAGCAAGGUGUUUGCAGCUAGGAAGGUGAGCGGGUCGCGGCGGCUCCGGAGCAAGCGGGCUGGCAAAUGGUGCGAAUAUGAACACAACUGGUGCAGAUGAAGCUUUUGACUAUCUCUUUAAGAUUGUGCUUAUCGGAGAUUCCAACAUUGGCAAAACCUGUGUGGUUCAUCGUUUCAAAUCUGGGGUUUUCCUCGAGAAGCAGCAGAAUACCAUUGGAGUGGACUUCAUCGUUAAAACAAUGGACAUUGAAGGCAAGAAAGUGAAGGUACAGGUGUGGGACACCGCAGGGCAGGAGCGUUUCCGGACCAUCACACAGAGCUACUAUCGGAGUGCCCAUGGGGCCAUGAUCGCCUAUGACAUCACCAAGCAGUCCUCCUUCAACUCGGUGCCCCACUGGGUCAACGAGAUCCAGCGAUAUGGAGCAGCCAAUGUUGUCCAGCUGCUGAUUGGAAACAAGGCUGAUCUUGGGGAGAGACGUGAGGUUCCGUUCGAGGAGGCCUGCAACGUGGCUGAAAAAUUUGGUCUCUUGGCUGUGCUGGAGACGUCAGCUAAAGAGGCGCAGAAUGUCGAUGAAGCCUUUCUGCUGUUGACUCGAGAGCUGCUGGCGCGGAACGGGCUACAUUUAUCCAGUGAAAAUAGUCGGAGUUCACUCCACCUGGAUUCCCGGCCAGUCAUUACUGGUGCACCUCCUCAGAAAAAUCCCUGUCCCUGUUGAGUAUCGUUAUUUGCAGUUAGCUGAGUUCGAACCGCCCCAACGUAGUUGGAGCCCAGAGGGCAACUUCUGCAAUGUAAUAUCCUUGAGUGACGUUCUAGUUUGUGGAGCAGUUUGCAGUGUACUAGACUGGAACUGUACAGAUAACUGCAAAAUUACAAACUAUAGUUCUUGGUCCCUCUCUUGAAGACAGUGCUUCUGGUUAAAUGUUUGUCAUUAAUGCUGAAGCUUUGCUGAAAAUACCCCUGAAAAGAAAGAUAGAAUUCACCACAGCUGCUCAAAUACCUUUUCAUAAGUAUGUUCUUCUGGAUUGAAAUGUAUCCACAAAACAUGAUUGCUGCUGUCGAAUGUUCAAGUAAAGCCACAAUGACGCAAAGAUAGGGCGUCGGAUGUUGUUUUUGUGGCCAAGUCUUGGCUCAUCUGAUGUCAUUUCUGCUUCUGUGUCAAGUUGUGGAUUCUAGGAUCACUCCAGAGACUUCAGCUUGUAAUUCAGGCUGACACUCCGAGUGCUGCACUGCCAGAGGUGCCAACCUCUGGGUAAAAACUUAGAUCAUCUUCUCAGUUGAAUAUUUGUUGGAAAUGAGCAGGGGAAUAGGUGUGCACUGUCUGAUGCAUAUCCCACAAACAGAAAUGAUAAAAGAAAGAGAGAGCCUUCUUCUGUCACAUAUUUCUUACUACCUGAAACUUUCCUUCAGCACUGCACAGAAACCCAUAUCAGGUUCAUAUCUCUGGAGUAGGACUUGAAUCCACAAUCUUAAGCUGAGGUGAGAUGUUAUCAUUCCUUUUCUUAGGCAGUUCGUUAGGGUUGAGGGUGAUUUGCUUCCACACCAGUUCUGUGGUUUCUGAAGUGACAAAUGCUGUAUCCACAGACUUGCCUCAAGCUGUCACCGUAUGCUCCUUCUGCAAGCUGCGACAGGCUUUCUGCCUCCAUCCAGAGAGACUGGGAGUACUGCUCGUCUUUCUGGAUGAUGCUCCAUCUGUCUGAGCAGUUCUGAGCCAAGGAUUCAGAAAAAUCUACCUCAACCCCUCAAGAUCUCUUUGGAGUUUACAGCAGAGUACAAAAUGCUUCAGAUUCAGAUUCAUUUUUAAUUGUCAUUGUCAGUGUACAGUACAGAGACAACAAAAUGCAGUGGAUAGAAAAGGUUUAGAGGAAAUGGGCCAAACAUGGGCAAAUGGCUAUGUUAGAAAUGGACGAGUUGGGUCUGUUCUCAUGUGCUAUGAUUACACUUGGAGUACAAUGCUUGUUCCAGGAGUGUGCUGUAGGGUAUGUGAACAACAUUGCCCAACUAUCACUGCUGGUUGAAGAUGAUUAGAACAUCAAUCCUUGGGUUGUUGGUCUGGGAGAGGACACAGUUGCAUAUCCGGCCUGUGGAUUUGGAGGAUCUUGUUGGCGGUAUUCUCGCAUUGAUUUAAGGCGUUGACUGAAAGUCAUUGGUAUCUUUGAUCUAAGACAGAAACUCUGAUCCUCUUCCAUGAAUGCAGCCUGAUCGACUGUUUCCUGGUUUUACAUAUAAUUUCCAGCAUCUUAAGAUUUUUGAUUUCAUCAUCAACAUUCACCUUCACUGAGAGGCAGGUCUUGAGAGAUUCUUGCAAUGUCAGUUCAGAUUUUUUUAUUUUUUUUUGCAUCUCCCUUUUAAAUCCUACCUAUGAAACAGAGACUAGAAUUGUUCAGGUUCCCCAAGCACGAUUCACCUCAUGUAACACCUCUGCUGUUUAUUUAUUUUCUUCUAGAAACUGACCCCAAUGUUUUGCUUAGAUUUCUGAUAGCUUUGUUAAUUUGCAAGGCUACUUUGCAUUAUAUAUGUCUUGCCCCUUGACCUCCUCCAUGUUUCCUCCCAAUAAACUGCAAUUGUUGCCCUUUGCUGAGGGAGAUGACCUUCCAGUUAUCCGGUCUAGAUUUUCAAUGUUUUAUGUUAUUUGAUCUCUACUCCAUUUCGUUUAUUUUAAAUAAAUCAUUGCAAAUGUGGUGGCCAGAACUGUACAUUAGCUGUGCCUAAAUGUUUUUAAUGCAAUUUUCAUAUUAUUUGUUUAAACCAAUUAAAAUCAAGGAGACAUUUGGAA